AUGCAUAUCCCACAAGGUGAUUCGUUACUUGUGCAUUUGAUGAUGUUGCACGAUGUAAGGUGUCAACAAGUAUUUCAAAUGGGGAGGUUUCUUUUUUAUAUACAUGGGACGCAUUUGGAUUUUGGUGAAACUGAAUACAUUCUCAUUUGUGGUUUAAAAUUUGGUCCUUAUGAUGAUUUACUGCAGGACAGAAAAAGCCGGUCAAAUUCAAUUCUUCGUGCUCAGUUGUUCCCAUACAGUUCUGAUGCAUGUUUGCGGUUGAAAGAUUUGGAAGACUUCAUUAUGUCUCCGAAUUAUUUGGCAAUUCAUGAUGAAGAUGUUGUGAGGCUUAUCCAGCUUGUUUUUAUGUUGAAGGGACUCCAUGGACGGGACGUUAAAACGUGCAUUCUCGUUGCAGUAUACAAGUUUGCUGAUAAUAGCGAUGAUUGGAACAAGUAUUACAUUUAA